UUUGAUCUAUCGUCAGCGGCCAUUUUUGUGGAUGCGUUACCUCGUUGCUUCAAGAUUUUACUGUUAGUGAAAUAAGUGUUUCUUGCUUGUUGUUUAUAUUAUAUUCAUUUAAUUCUCAAUGGCACAAGUUAAAGAAGAAAAAAAAUGCGACACAUCGUUAAAUGGCCCUAAUACAGCUCAAAAUAAUCCUGUUGCAAACCAUAAACCCAAACAAGAAUUUCAUAACAGUGGUGGUCGCGGUGGCGGAAAAGGUAAUCGAUUCCAACCUUAUAGAGGACCCCCAAGAGAUCAAAAAGGUUCAAGAGAAAAUAAUAUGCCUAGAGGUGAUUACCGCCAGGAAGGUCAUGGUAAUGGCAAUCCAGAAAAUGAUAUUAUGAAUAGGGGAAAUCGUAAUUUAGAUGGUGGCAGAGGUAGACGAGGAGGUGGACCCGGUGCUGGAGCAAGUUUUCGAGGAGGCCCACCGCCUAAUCGUGACGUUGAUAGAUCCUCUCGAGCAGAUAAUAUGUGGAAUGAAAAAUUAAUGCAAAUUAGAGGACCUACCCAUGAACUUCCUCUAAAUGACAAUUCAGAAAGGAAGUUUUUAAGCCAAUGCCGUCUUUAUAUUGGUAAUUUGGUAGAUUGCUCUGAAGAAGAACUAGCAGAAAUGUUUAAACCUUAUGGCGAAGUUUCUGAAAACUUUUUAAAUAAGGAAAAAAUGUUUGCUUUUAUUCGUCUAGAUUACCGUGCUAAUGCUGAAAAAGCCAAAAGAGAAUUAGAUGGUCAAAUGCGUAAAGGUCGUAUGUUGAAGAUUCGAUUUGCCCCGAUUGCUGCUGCUAUUAAAGUUAAAAAUUUAACACAGUUUGUUUCAAAUGAGUUAUUAGAAUAUGCAUUUUCAAUUUUUGGAGAAAUUGAACGUUGUCAAAUCAUUGUUGAUGAAAGAGGAAACUCAACAGGUGAAGGAAUUGUAGAAUUUUCUCGAAAAAAUGCUGCUGCUGCUGCUCUAAGACGUUGUUCAGAAGGUUGUUUCUUUUUAACUAGUUCUUUAAAACCUUGUAUUGUUGAACCAUAUGAAUUUGUUGAUACUUCUGAUGGAUUACCAGAUAAACUGCUUCCAAAAAAAACUGUUGAGUUUAAAAAACAAAGAGAUGUUGGGCCUAGAUUUGCUGAUCCAACAACAUUUGAACAUGAAUUUGGAACUCGUUGGAAACAGUUAGCUGAGUUAUAUAAACAAAAAGAAGAAGCUUUAAAACGAGAAAUGAAAUUGGAAGAAGAAAAAUUAGAAGCUCAAAUGGAAUUUACUCGUUAUGAACAUGAAACUGAAAUGCUUCGAGAACAAUUAAGACAACGUGAAAUGGAUCGAGAACGCCAAAAAAUGGAAUGGGAAAUGAAAGAACGUCAAGCCGAAGAACAAAGACUUCGUGGAGGGGAAAUGUUUAGAAGACAAAAUGAUGAUCUUGCUAUGAGAAUUCAUCAUCAAGAUGAGGAGUUAAGACGGCGUCAACAAGAUAAUUCUAUGUUCAUGCAGGAUCACAGAGGACCUGUUAAACCAGUAUUUGAUGGACCUCCAGCUCCUGUUGAAGGCAUGUCUGUUCGUGAAUUAGAGGCUAUGACUGCACAAGGAAUGGAUUCAACGCCAUUUGUGGAAACAUUUGUACGUGAAAACCAAGGAGUAUUGCCGCCGCCAGGCCUUUUCGACAAUGGCCCUAGAGGAGAUAGGGGCGGAAGGUGGGGUCCAGACAGACGUAACGGUCAAGACCGUAGAAGAUUUUAAUUUAUCUAACUAAAUAAUAUUGACCAAUACAAAACAAUUAAAAAUGAACGAGAUGAAUUAGAAGAUUCAUUUAUUGAAAAUUAUUCUUAUGGAUUUUUUUUUUAUCGCAUAAGCUUGCUAUUAGCAUUUUCCAUAUUGUCAAUUAAUGUAAUACUUGAAUAUCUAUUAAAAUUGUAACGUGUGUCCUAUAGGAUUUAGUUGAUAACUAUUAUGUAUCUUAAUUGCAUGAUUUUGAUACUAACUUAGAUAGAAGCAUAUCGAAAUCCAAUUGUGACUUCAGCUUCCGUAAUUACUUAUCCAUUAUCCAGUACAAACUUUUGUUUUUCUACAAAUAUUUCAUUGAACAUUAUUUCUGCCAAUAUAAAAAUACGCUUCUCUUUUCGUAAUAAUGCAGCUUAUUUAAGAAAUGAAUUCAAUUGUGUUCGCGUGUCAUGAAAAAUGCAGUUAACAAUUUUGACACCUUUUGUAUUCUUCAAUUUUGUAUUAGGCGUAUAUCCUGGGAAUCGUUUUUAUGUGAUUUUCCUUUACUUUAAUAGUUUUAUUAACUAUUUAAUAUAGUUAUUACAUAGAGUUAUUUUCAAUAUUAUUUUUUUUAUGUUAAUUUUUUCUUGUAAUUUGUAUAUCAGUCAAAAAUAUUAAUGUAGCAAUUUAUUUUUUUUGUAUACAGUAUUGAUGAGUAAUUUAUCUUCAAAUUAUAUUUUUCAAUUUUUAUAUAACUUCUCGUUUUACAAUUAUAAG